GUGGGUUUUUGUUAAAUGUGAGCCAAAUAAUCACAAUCAAAAGAACCAAAGACUUGACAGUGACAAGACAAGACACGGAAAAAAAAAAGAAAAAAAAUAGGACAAUUGCAUGGAAAGAUUCUUAAAGGUUUAUACUUCCAGACAAAUGUUUUCGAUCAGUUAUAUUCGCACAUAUUUAUAUUUGAUUAAUGAUUGCUCUCUUGGUUUCUGAUUCAGGAUGAAACUAAUAAUUACACUGUUUUGAACAAUGACGUUUAUGGAAUAACAAUGAGGGCCAAAAUCUCCAACCUUACCGACAAUAUUGACAUGCUGUUUACACUUAAUGAUAAGGACAGAAAUGUAUCCUGCGUUUCUUGGGAAGGCAAAGGAAAACUUAAAUGGACAACAUUCGGCUGUGAGACGAUAAUCAACAAUAACACCAUAAAGUGUUCCUGCUCACAUCUGACGUUCUUUGCAGUGCUGAUGUCUCCGCCAGAUGCAAAUAUAACAGCAUCGGAUCUGGAAUCACUGACCUUAAUUUCUUCUGUCGGUUGUGGCAUCUCCAUGUUUUUUAUGGCCAUCGCAUUAUUUAUGCAUUUCCUGCUACGGAAAGCCAAAUCAAAUCAUGCCACGAAGAUCCUGAUGAACAUGUUUGUGGCUUUGUCUCUACUGAAUGCCUCGUUUUUGUCAAACGAGAGCGUCGCUAACACAGGAGACAAUGCUGCGUGUGUCUUCAUAGCGCUGCUCCUACAUUACUCCAUGCUGGCCUCAUUCACCUGGUUCUUCAUUCAAGCUCUUCAUAUGUACUUAUGGCUCAUCAGACAGAACGUCUCCAUCACAAACUACAUGAGGAAGAUCACCGUGUUGGGCUGGGCGUGUCCGGCUCCAAUAGUCCUAGUUAUCGUUUCUAUAGGAGGAUAUAAAGCGGUGACCCUAAACACAACGUCUGGAAAAAUUGCACGAAUGUGCUGGAUUACAAAUUUUUACAUACACUACACAGUGAACAUCGGCUACUAUGCUUUAGUUUUCAUCUUCACGACAGGAAUCUUCAUCAUGAUCGUCACUAAAGUCGUUCAGGCCAGAAACAUAAAAGCUGUGGAUGGCAAGAGAAAGACGUUCAGAAAGCAGCUGAUGAUGGUGUUGAGUUUGUUCCUGCUCUUCGGUCUGACGUGGUCUGUGGCGUUCUUCAGUUAUGGACCGAUGCUCAUUCCCUCAUAUUACAUAUUCACUGUGCUGAACUCAUUUCAGGGGUUUUUCCUCUUCCUGUAUUACUACCACAUUCACAAUGAUGUUUCGGGUAGUUUCUCUGAUGAUCCAGAAAACACAGACUCCAACUCAACCAUUGCUUAAUCCAGCAUUAAUGCUUUAGAAAAUAUUAAUCACCAACAUAAUUAAGACUGAACGCUUUCUUUGUCUCUGACUUUUUUUCUCUUAGACAAAAAUUACAUUAAAAAGUGUCAUUUUACUGAAAUCACUCAAAACAAAUAAAAAAAUGUCCAUGCAUCUGUUGAUCUUUAUACUUAAAAAUUGUAGGAAGGUACAAUUUUGCUUUCAAAUCUCUGAUAUGAUGUGAUAUUACUGUUGUUAGAUUAUUCGAACAUUAAAAUCAUCCAUGUGUGAUCACAUGAGUUUCAGAACAAUCCAACACUGAAUGCUAUUUAGAAAAACGUUGAAAUGCCUUUGGAUUGAGAUAUUUGUAUGAUAAUUUCAUAAAGCAGCUCACUAAAAUCCACACACAGAUGUGGAGUCUCAUAUUUAUGAUUCUGUUUUAUUUUUCAGUAUUUCUCAAGUGUU